UCACUGUGUGCAGCAUUGAUUUGACGCCGGUCUGAGGUAAUAACAGAGGCAUCGAUUCCUCUUGAUAUUCUAAGCAGAUUCGGGUUUUUCCGGCCCAGUACUGUCCUAAAAUGACAGAUAGGAGGAUUUGACAGAGACUUACGGACUAACUCCGGGGCUGAAGAAGGUAAAAUGAUGUUAAAAUCUCCCAGUUUGUCCUGCUUUAACACUCAGAGUCUGUUCACGGCAGCUAGCUGCUUUUAGCUCGAUCAUUCUCCCUUUCUUUUCCCCGAAUUCCGUUUCAUCCCCACUUCAACCCCCAAAAUCUCCGCUUUCCCCAAGUUUCCCCGCGUGUAACGUGAAAAAAAUCCCAGUGUGAUCAAAUAAAACCGUAAAAAUAAUCAGUGAUCAGUUCACACAGAAGAUGGGUUCGAUUUACAGGAAUAUUUACGGGAUUUAACCACACGUCAUGAAAUCUCGCGAGAGAAAAUGAGAGGAGCUCCGUCGGACUGUUUGUCUUUUUACAACAAAUUUAAUUUAUUUUCAGUUUUAACUAUUAUUUUAACUCAACUCAACUUUAUUUGUAAAGCACUUUAAAACAACCACAGCUGAACAAAGUGCUGUACAUAAAUGGACAAAACAACGCAGCCGUAAAAAAACAAUCAAAACAAUGGAUAAAAUGAAAGCAGAAUUAGAAACUAAAAUGUAGUUUCAAUGUUUUUAAAAACAAAUUUAAAAACAUAGAAACAAAUAACUAAAAAUAAACCAUAAAACACUUAAACAGGAGCCUAGUGUCAUGCAACGUUAAAAGCCAAUGAAUAAAAAUGGGUUUUAAGACGAGUCUUAAAAAUGGACAGUGUGGGGGGCUUGUCUAAUUUGGAGGGGUAGCUCGUUCCAUAAUUUUGGGGCUGUAACAGAAAAAGAUCUAUCCCCUCUGAGCUUCAGUUUUGACCUCGGUACCUCCAGGAGCAGCUGAUCAGCUGACCUGAGGCACCGAGCAGGGGUGUAGGGGUGGAGAAGCUCAGAGAGGUAAGAUGGAGCCAGACCAUUUAAAGAUUUAAAAACAAAUAAAAGAAUCUUAAAAUGGACUCUAAAAUGCACAGGUAACCAGUGGAGGGAGGCCAGGAUGGGAGUAAUGUGCUCCCUCUUAGGUACUCCAGUUAAGAGUCUGGACUAACUGGAGACGUGAGAGGGAGGACUGGCUGACUCCAAUAUAAAGUGCAUUACAGUAAUCCAGCCGAGAUGUAACAAAGGCAUGGAUUACUGUUUCAAAGUGCUUAUGUGCAAGGAAUGGCUUUGCCUUGGCAAGCUGCUUAAUAUGGUAAAAGCUAGAUUUCACAACUGAGCUAAUUUGCCUGUCAAAUUUAAAAUCACUGUCCAUCUUCAAACCCAAAUUUGAGACGGUUGGCUUUAAAUAGUCUGCUAAAAUACAGGAGGGGAUUGACACGGGCCACUGGGACCAAAGACCAUCACUUCUGUUUUUCUCUCAUUGAAAUUUAAAAAUAUAAAGCCAUCCAGGCUUUGAUGUCUUCAAGACAUGCCAGAAGUGGAGUGAGGGAGAAAGCAUUUUUCUUAUUAAGUGGCACAUAUAUCUGACUGUCAUCAGCAUAACAAUGAAAAGAAAUGCCAUGCUUUCUUAAGAUGGAGCCCAGGGGCAGCAAAUACAAAGAAAAGAGCAGGGGCCCUAAAAUCGACCCUUGUGGAACCCCAUACGGCAGUGGAGCAGAGCUGGACUCUGUAUCGCCAAGGCUCACACUCAUUGUGCUGUCUGUCAAAUAAGACUCGAACCACUCUAGUGCAGUACCACGGAUACCUAUAGGGUGGCGUAGUCGAGCCACCAGAGUAUUGUGGUCCACUGUGUCGAAAGCUGCAGUUAGAUCUAACAGAACAGGAAUAACAUAAUCACCAGAGUCAUUUGCCUGGAGGAUGUCAUUAAAGACUCUUAAUAAAGCAGACUCUGUGCUGUGACGAGUUUUAAAACCAGACUGGAAGACCUCCAAGACCCCUUGCUCAUCCAGAAAAGACUCUACCUGAACAUGAACAACUUUCUCUAAAUUUUUUUAAAUAAAGGGAAGUUUGGAGAUUUAACUUAGUUUGAAUGAUCUCUGUCUGAACUAAAACACCAAAGCUGUUCAAUAAAAAUAAACCAACAAUUUAAUCAUCAGGAAGAUCAUAACUUUCAAAAUAAGAGUCAAUUAACUGUCAUUACAAAGAUGUGGGUGAAACAAGAAUAAUCAAAGUUAAAGUUAAAAACGGACAUAGCAGAGGGGCUGGACUAGUUUGAGGUUCCUGAAGACGUUUCACCUCUCUUCUUUGAUUUUUAAUAAUGACAUAAUGUAAUAAUGAAAUAUUGUAAUAAUAAACUCCCCUUCCUCUCUAAGAUCGUGGAGAAAGUUGUUUUUAGUCAACUGCAAUCAUUUUUAGACAGAAACAGCAUCCUCAAGGUGUUCCAAUCUGGUUUUAAAGCACAGCACAGCACUGAAAUAGCACAUUUAAAGGUUUUUAAUGAUAUUUUAUUGCUCACUGAUUCUGGAGAUUCAGCUGCUCUUGUCCUUUUAGAUCUGCAGCUUUUGUCGAUCACAAUAUUUAAUUUCUCGUCUUGAACAUUGGGUGGGGAUUAAAGAUAUUGCCCUGGAGUGGUUCAGGUCAUACCUGGCUGACAGGAGCUUCUCUGUCAGCCUCCUCCUCAGCUCCUCUGAUGCCACCUCCUCCUCAGCUCCUCUCCCAUGUGGAGAACCCCAAGGUUCUAUUCUUGGCCCAGUCCUUUCCUCCCUAUUUAUGCUCCCCCUGGGAUCUAUAUCUGUAAAAUAUAACAUUUCUUUUCAUUUCUAUGCUGAUGAUACGCAGCUGUGUUUACCCCUGAAAUUAGGAGCUUCAAAUUGCCUUGGGCCCACUGUUGGACUGUCUUAGGGACAUUAAAACCUAGAUGCCUCUUAAUUUUCUUACAUUAAAUGAGAGUAAGACUGAAGUUGUUGUCUUUAGACCACAUGGCAGCAGCCCCAGAGCAGGGGGGUAUUCCAUGAAGCUGGCUAAAGAAGGCUGGGCUAUCACCGGUAAGCGUGGCUUGAAUAAGCGGCCACUUUAAUCUUAGCUGCGACUCGUUCCACUAACGAGGCUCAGCUGUUUCUCAUCAACUCUUAUUGUAGCCAGGCUGAUCCAAGCCGCGGCUAUGCGCGCCUCCGCGGUACAUAAAAAGCCCCGUAAAAAGACGUAUUGAUUGUCAAAAUGACGAGAUCAUGGGGAAAAAAAGGGCAGAGCGGAGUCUUUCUCAGCAGCGGAGCAAACACUCCUCAUGGAGUUGUACAAAGAGUACAAGGGAAAAAUUCAAAAGAAGGGCAACACUGUUGCGAUUGUGAAAGCCAGGGAGAUGGCGUGGUUAAGUAUCGCAGACCGUUUAAAUUCGUAAGUUAUAGCCGACAAAUAUUUUACAACCGACACGUCUUGAUGCAGUCAGCCUGCUUGGCUGUCUAAUUUUAUUCCUCACUUAUGCAUAUGUACUGUAAACACUUUUUUUUUUUUUUUUAACUUUUCAUCUCAUGUAUGUGCAGCUCACUCAUACAGUCUGUCAGCCUCUGUGCAGCACCUUCUCAGCAAGCAGGGGCACCUACAGCAGCAGGGGGCGCCAAUUUGACAAGAGUUAAUACAAAACCACUUUGUGUUGCAGAUUUAUCAUUAUUAUUAUCUUUUUUUUUUCUUUUUUGGAAGUGCUCGUGCCGCCCCCCAUGAAUCAUGACACAAAUGCCUCCCCGGAUGGCUGCCCGGUUCGCCCGUGCCUAGAACAGCUACUGUAAUUUAGGCAUAAUUCAUGUUCUUGAUUUGACAAAUAGUCAAAUCAAGUCAAGUCAAGUUUAUUUGUAUAGCACAUUUCUGCAGCAGGGCAAUUCAAGGUGCUUUACAUGAAACAAGCAGGCAAAACAUUUAACAUAAUUUGAAAAGUAUAAACAGCGUAAAAGACAUUUAACAAAUUAAAAGUUACAUUCAAAGCUAAAAUUAGGUUGGAGAUAAAAGAAGACAAAGCUUAGAUUGGAGAGAGAGAAAAAAAAAGGAUCAAGACAGGCAAAUGAUGAAAAUGUUGUUUAGAGGCCUCAGGUUUGAUUUAAUGAUAGGCCACGGCAAACAUAUGGGUUUUCAGCUGUGAUUUAAAAGAGCUGAGAGUUUCAGCAGACUUACAGUUUUCAGGGAGUUUGUUCCAGAUAUGAGGAGCAUAAAAACUAAAAGCUGCUUCUCCACGUUUAGUUCUGACUCUGGGGACAGAGAGCAGACCUGCUCCUGAUGAUCUGAGCGGUCUGGAUGGUUCGUAACGUACCAGCAGAUCAGAAAUGUAUUUUGGUCCUGAACCAUUCAGUGCUUUAUAAACCAGUAAUAGUAUCUUAAAAUCAAUUCUUUGGCAGACAGGAAGCCAGUGUAAAGAUCUGAGAACUGGGGUGAUAUGAUGUACUUUCUUGGUCUUAGUGAGGACUCGAGCAGCAGCAUUCCGAAUCAGUUGGAGCUGUCUGAUGGAUUUUUUGGGGAGACCUGUGAAGACACUGUUACAGUAGUCGAGUCUGCUGAAGAUAAAUGCAUCGACAAGCUUUUCCAAAUCCUGCUGGGUCAUCAGUCCUUUAACCCUUGAUAUAUUCUUCAGGUGAUAGUAGGCUGACUUUGUAAUUGUCUUUAUGUGGCUGUUAAGAUUCAGGUCUGAGUCCAUGACAACACCAAGGUUUCUGGCUUGGUUUGUGCUUUUUAACAUUAUCGAUUGAAGCUGAGCGCAGAAUUUUAAUCGAUCUUCUUCUGCUCCAAAUACAAUUACUUCAGUUUUAUCUUUGUUUAGUUGAAGAAAAUUCUGACACAUCCAAUCAUUGAUUUGUUCAAUGCACUGACUCAGUGUUUGUAUUGGAUUGUAGUCGCCUGGCGAUAUGGUUAUGUAAAUCUGUGUGUCGUCUGCAUAAUUAUGGUAAGAUAUUUUGUUGUUUGCUAUGAUUUGAGUUAGAGGGAGCAUGUAGAUGUUGAAUAGGAGUGGCCCCAGAAUGGAGCCUUGGGGAACCCCACAUGUCAUUUUUGUUAGCUCUGAUGUGUAAUUACCUAGAGACACAAAGUAGUCUAUAUCCUUUAGGUAGGAUGCAAACCAGUUUAGUACUGUUCCAGAAAGUCCCACCCAAUUUUCCAGUCGAUCGAGUAGGAUGCUGUGGUCAACCGUGUUGAAAGCGGCACUGAGAUCGAGCAAUACUAGGACUGAAAUUUUGCCAUUGUCUGAGUUUAAGUGGAUGUCGUUAAAGACUUUGAUAAGAGCAGUCUCAGUGCUGUGGUGUGGUCGAAACCCUGACUGGAAAACGUCAAAACAGUUGUUUAGGACUAAGAAGUUGUGAAGCUGUUGGAAGGCUGCUUUUUCAAUGAUUUUGCUUAAAAACGGGAGGUUCGAUAUAGGCCUAUAAUUGUUCAUUACUAAGUUGUCUAGGUUGCUUUUUUUUAGGAGAGGCUCUAUGACAGCAGUUUUCAGGACCUGUGGAAAGACACCUGACAGAAGUGACAUGUUGACAAUCUGUAAAAGAUCUGAUACCAUGCAAUUAGAAACUGUUUUAAAGAAAUAGAUAUCCAUAAUGGAUUAGUAUAGCAGCUACAGGUAAGACCUAAAACCAAAGGAGGCAAACUUAGACAAAAAGUGAAGAAAAACAUGUACCUGGAGAUGUCUUUCUUUUUUUUCUUUUUUUUUAUUAGGGAUGAUGGUGGCACAGCGCCCUUCAUUUAAUUAAGGGAGAAGACACAAAUGAGCUUGUACACAGAAUAGUCAUGCCACCAUUUGCCAUCACCUUUACAUUAUCAUCAUCAUAAUCAGAAUGGAUGUCUGAAUGUUGCAGCCUUCAGUGUUUUGGAUGAGAUCAUUUGUGCCUUUAUUCUGUUAUGUGUUGACAGUACAUUGAGAGUCACAGAAUAAAAGAUAGAAAGUCAGAUAUUUCCAGAUAAUUACCGCUGACGGGAUCGAGCCCACAGAGCAGUGAAAAACACAUUCUACCGACACUCCUCUUUACCCACUCAGCUACUGAAUUUCUCUUUCUCUUUGAGGUUGGCGUAGUAUUGGGUAUGUCCAAAUUGUCGUGGAAGUUUUUUCCGUUGCUGCUAGUGAAGAAUGAAAUAGAGACUUUUGGCAGCUGACAAGGUUUUAUUUUCUUUGCAAAGAAAAGGUCAAUCUGCAUACGAGCAGUCAGAAUCAAGAAAGACCCAGAACAUGGGGAAACCUGAACAUUUAUGCUUGUUAUGUUGGCAUCUUUUGUUUUCUGAGGGGACCAUCACUCCACCCCCCUGGGGUGGUGGUGGGGACGUUUCACACCUGGAGCAUCCUGCAGGAUGUUGUUUCUUGCUGGGAAAGUAAGAGGUCUAGACAUCACAAUUAACUGAUAUGUUGGUAGGAAAGUCUGUUGUGGGGGGCACCUCAAGCAGUUCUAACAAAAUUACAAUUACACCGGAUUCCCGUAUUCCUAUGUUGUUUUAAAAAGUUCUCAAUUUAUUUUUCCGAACAAGAGCAUCAUUUAUUACAGAUAAAGAUGAAAUUACUGUGUGACAUGCGGUUCACAAAGCGUCUUCUGGAAGCCCGUCGGACCUUCUCUGAGACGCAGCUAAGGUUAGCUUGACUGUAAGCCUGCCUGGGACCAGGGGCCUGUUCUACGAAGCAGGAUUACUGCUUAGCGAGGUAACUUCGAGGAUAAGUUCGGGGUUUCCUGUUCUACGACGCGGGUUCACUUCUUAGCGAGGCGAGUCUCCAUGGCAACAUACACUGAACGGCUAACCUGCUCCGGGGGUUAAGGUUAAGUUCCAGAUUGAACUCACCGAGUAUAAAAACCCCGCCCACUGACCAAUGAGCUCUCUCGAAAAACGGCUUGUCCGUUCUUGGAGGAUCCUAUAGACCUCGGUGGUCGCAUUGUCCGAGGAGGAGCACUCCGGCGCGCAAGAGUUUAUAGGGACCGCACGGACCCACUGACUUUUCCGGAUGACCACCUUUAUGAAAGGCUCAUAUGGCCGACAUAUCACACAAAACAUGUAAACACGAUAGGAAUGAACAAAUGAGUGAAUUUAUCUUGGAAAUGAAUGGGCAUGAGCUGCAUGGGCUGUGUGAUCACAGACAACAUCUCGGUACUAUUUGGUAGCAGCGCACGUCCCUUAUAAUAACCCCCGUAAAUACUGUUCUUCAGGACUGCUUACUUGUGCUUCCUACCUACUGUAAUAACCGUUGUUCUAGCCCACAUGCAACAUUUUUGUUCUCAUUCAUGAAACGCUUAAAUCAGGGACAUUUUCGGGGACAGCUUUAGCCGGGGACAGAUCAUCCAAUUCGGGGACUGUCACCUUAGUUAAAAGCGCAUGUUGAACAGUGCUAUUUCAGGGUGAGAAUGGCAUCAAAGAUGCAUUUUCUGCCAGCAUUCCCUCCGUGCUUUUGCGGCGGCGACGGUGUUGCUUUUGAGGUUUAUGGUAGCUUUGAAUUCUUCAUACUUUCUCAUGAUCGUCUUCUGCUCCUCGUUUGUAAAGUACGCAGUCCUUCACUCUCCAGCCUGCUCUGACGCUCCAGACUGAUCCAUGUUCACGAUUGGUCAGAUGCGGCGGGCUCCGCCUUAUAUGUGUGCACGCGCUCAUGGCAAAGCUGGAUCCACUUAUGAGGUUGAUAACCAGCAUCGUAAAACCGCUUAGCGAGACCGCUUUGCGAGACCGCUGGCUACCGCGCUAAGUUGAGCGAGGUAGCUCCAAGGCUACCUCGCUAGGUUGAACUUGCUUCGUAGAACAGGCCCCAGGCUUGUAGCGCUGGCUGAGUUACCAUGGUUACCAAGCCAUGCUAGACCUAAUAUAAGCCCGGCUUUGAGGUAAGCCAGCUUUGUGGAAUACCCCCCAGAUCUGUCCACCUUUGAGCCCUUCCUUAAAGACGUCAAAAAUCUGAAGGGUUAUCAUGGACAGAGAUUUGAAAAUGGAUCUGCAGAUAAAUGCAGUUGUAAAAGUUUUUAUCAUCUUUGUCUUUAAACAAGGUCAGGUUUUUUUUUUUAUCUUUUAGUGAUUUUGAGAAGGUUAUGCAUGCUUUUAUCACAACUCGUCUUGAUUAUUGUAAUGCACUUUAUUUUGGUGUCAGCCAAACCUCUCUUAAUGGUUUACAGUUUGUUCAAAAUGCAGCAGCUCGUGUUUUAUCUGGUCGCCGUAAACAUGACCACAUUUUCCCUACUUAAGCCUCUCUUCACUGGCUUCCUGUGCGUUUUAGGAUUGAUUUUAAAAUUUUGUUAUUAACUUAUAAAUCUUUAAAAGGGGCUUGCUCCUUUUUCUCUCUCAGACCUUUUAAAACCCUAUAUUUAUCUGGGACUCUCAGAUCCUCUGACCAGCGCCUUCUGACUUUCCCUAGGACAAGAUUAAAGUUCAGGGGUGACCGGGCUUUUUCCAUCGCUGCGCCUAAGCUCUGGAACGCUCUUCCUCUUCAUGUCCGUCUGUCCCCCUCACUGCCUGUUUUUUAAAUCACAUUUGAAAACACACUUUAACUCCUGAGAACUUGGCCUUUUAAUCCUGUUUUUACUGAACCAUCCAUGUCCCCCUGUUUUUAAUGUCUUCCUGUGUUUUUGUUUUAUUGUCUGUGUUAAUUGUCUGUUUUUAUUGUUUUAAAUUUUUUACUGUACAGCACUUUGGUCAGUGUUUUGUUGUUUUUAAAUGUGCUUUAUAAAUAAACUUGGAUUGGAUUGGAUAUUGCUUCAAAGUGAAUUAGAUUUACUCAGUUUAAUUAAAAAGAGUUUUAUUAGUCUGAAAACUGAAUCAGGUGAAAAACAGAAAAAUCAAACAGAAUGAAGAGAUUUCGAAAACAGGGAUUAAACAUGUCUUUAUACACGAAUUAUUGGAGAUAACUCUAUCUCUUUUUCAGUCCUUGCCAUGCUCACUCGACCACCGACAUUGUCUGAGAGUGAGGACAGGGGGCGGGGCCUAGUCGAAGUAACUCCAGACCCUGCUGUCCCAUUGGCUGAUGAAGCUGAUGACGUCAUAAAAACACCGACAGGUUAGUCGUUAAAUAUGUGGAUCUUGGUUUGUAGUUUGAACGGGAUUAAACAUCUUUAUGAAAAAAUUUCUCUGGUCUGUGUUUAAAACUCUGCAGCAGAAGUUUGUCAACGUUUAAACUUUAAAAUCAAAUCGAAUCAAAUCAAAUCUAAAAUAUCUGAUCAUUUAAAAAUUACAGAAACUUUAACAUUUCCACGAAACCAAACAUGUCCAAAGUUCUUACGUUAAAUAAAAAAACAUCUGGAGGAACAUCUCCAACAGGUAAGUCACAUGACUGGGUCACAUGACCGGAGUCUCUCUGACGUUCUGGAUUCUCAGUUCUGGACCAUAGACUGUAUAUAGAAUGGACGCCGUCUGCCUCCUCACGGGAUGAAGCCACUCCGAGUACAGCACCCUCUGUUGAUGGGCUGCAGUAUAGGUCAUAAAUCCCGCCUCCGCCAGCAAAGCUUAUGGGGCUGUGGACCAACUUUAGAAAUUUAUUACACAGAACAUACAUUUUUCUCCCCCCUGCUUGUGAUGUUGACAUGUAGUUAUUGUAAGACUGGUUUGUGCUCAAGUCCUCUUUUUUUCUGUGAAGCUCCAUUUUUAAAAGUUAUUAGGAGGUUCAUAUUUUCUAUGAUUGACACCUGAUACAGCCUAUGGGCGUUCAGGGAUUGAGUAGCUCUCCCGGGGGAUACGCUGUUUGAGCGGAGCGUCAUCACAGUGACUCUCUGCGACUGCGCGGCCGAAUGCACACAACGCUACUGCACAGAGUUUUUUGGCUUCAAAUCCGUAUACAGGCGGUAGGCGGAACCAGGUUGUCCAUAGUAUAUACAGUCUAUGUUCUGGACUUUAAAGGUUCUAGUUUUACGGUGGAACGACCUUCAGUUUCCACAGAGAGAGAGAAGUUCUGACUCCUCAUUUGUUUUUUCUCUUUCAGGAGGUUUUGGUCCUCCUCCUGCAUCUCCUUUGACAGUCUCCCCCAUCCACUCCCUAUCACCAUGUCCCCCUCCUCACCCUCCCCCCACUCCUCCUCCUCCUCCUCGCUGCACCUCCUCUGCUCCUUCUCUCAUUCGUUUGACUUCCUUUCUCUUCUCUCCUGAUUCUUUUGUUCCUCCUCUUUUUACUCCUUCUCCUCCUCCUCGCUGCACCUCCUCCAGGUCUCCAUCUCUGCUCCGUCACUCCUCCUCUGCUCUUUCGUCUUUAAACCCUAAUCCUCCAUGCAUCUCCUCUGCUCCCUCUGUUGCUCCUCUUUCCUCUUUUCUCUCUCCUUCUUUCCGUGCUUCACCUCCUCUCAGGGUCUCUCCUUUUUGUAAUCCUUCACCACCUCGCACCUCCUUAUCUCCUUGCCCUACUUCCAAUUCUUCUCCCUCUGAUCCUCCUCCUUCUCCAUCAUCCUUCAGUUCUCCUCCUCCUCCUCUUCCUUCUCCAUCAUCUGUCACUUCAUCUCCUCCUCCAUCAUCCAUCACUUAUUCUUCUCCUCCUCCUCCUCUAUCAUCUGUCACUUAUCCUCCUCCUCCAUCAUCUUCCACUUCUCCUCCUCCUCCUCCAUCAUCUGUCACUUCUCCUCCUCCUUUCCACAUCCCCUCUGCUCCCUCUUCUUUCCAUCCAUCUCCUACCUGCACCUCCUCAUCUCCCUCUUUAACUUCUACUCCCUCCUUUCUCUCCUGUCCUCCUUUUUCCACUCCCUCUCCUCCUCCUCCUCUUCCCCCAUCAUCAUUCCUUGCUACUCCUCUUUCUUACUCCUCCUCUCAAAGAUCAACUGCUCCCCCUGCUGUGUUUUUAAAGUGUCUUAUUCCUCCUCCUCCCUCCUCUCCUCCUUCUGAGUCUAUUACUUCCUUUGCUCCAGGUUAUCCUCUCACCUCCUCUGCUCCUCUUUUCUCUCUUUCUUCCUCCUCCCCUCCUCCCCCUCUUUCUUCGUCCUCUGCUCCUCCGCCCCCUCUUUCUUUCUCCUCCUCUCCUCCUGUUUCCAGUGCUCCUGCUUCUCCUUUUUCUCCCCUGUCUGUCUCUUCUUCUGUCCCUCCCUCUCUCCAUUUUUCACCUCCAUCCUUGUCUUCAGAUUCUGUCCAUACCACUCCUCUUUCUCCUUCUCCUCCCGCCCCCCCCCCUCCUCAUCCAUGUUGUCCAUGCUCCGUUCUCCUACCCCGCCUCCUCUCAGCUCACAGGUUAGAAGUGCGGCGUCUUCUGCAAGGAGCUCUGGCUUCUCUGGGUCGUCGUCUAGACUCUCUGGAGAGGAGGAGGGGGAGGAAGAGAAGGAGGAGGAGAAGGCAUAGGGGAGAAGAGGAGGCAGGGAGUUCUCCAGGUGAGUUUGAUACGUCUCCUCCUCCCGCUGUUAGCCAAUCAGCUGUAAACUAACCUGACUUAAACUAACCUGGUUUAAACUAACCCUGACUUAAACUUACCUGGUUUAAACUAGCCUGAUUUAAACUAACAUGGAUUAAAGUAACCGUGACUUAAACUAACCUAGUUUAAACUAGCCUGACUUAAACUAACCUGGCUUAAACUAGCCUGUCUUGAACAAACCUGGAUUAAACUAGCCUGUCUCUGACUCACCUGGGGCCUGUUCUACGAAGCAAGUUCAACCUAGCGAGGUAGCCUUGGAGCUACCUCGCUCAACUUAGCGCGGUAGCCAGCGGUCUCGCUAAGCGGUUUUACGACGCUGGUUAUCAACCUCAUAAGUGGAUCCAGCUUUGCCAUGAGCGCGUGCACACAUAUAAGGCGGAGCCCGCCGCAUCUGACCAAUCGCGAACAUGGAUCAGUCUGGAGCGUCAGAGCAGGCUGGAGAGUGAAGGACCGCGGACUUUACAAACGAGGAACAGGAGACGAUCAUGAGAAAGUAUGAAGAAUUGAAAGCUAUCACAAACCUCAGAAGCAACACCGUCACCGCUGCAAAAGCACGGAGGGAAUGCUGGCAGAAAAUGCAUCUUUGAUGCCAUUAUCACCCUGAAAUAGCACUGUUCAACAUGCGCUUUUAACUAAGGUGACAGUCCCCGAAUUGGAUGAUCUGUCCCCGGCUAAAGCUGUCCCCGAAAAUGUCCCCGAUUUAAGCGUUUCAUGAAUGAGAACAAAAAUGUUGCAUGUGGGCAUGAACAACGGUUGUUACAGUAGGUAGGAAGCACAAGUAAGCAGUCCUGAAGAACAGUAUUUACGGGGUUAUUAUAAGGGGCGUGCGCUGCUACUAAAUAGUACCGAGAUGUUGUCUGUGAUCGCGCAGCCCAUGUCCAUUCAUUCCCAAGAUGAAUCAUUCAUUUGUUCAUUCCUUUCGUGUUUACAUGUUUUGUGUAAUAUGUCGGCCAUAUGAGCCUUUCAUGAAGGUGGUCAUCCGGAGAAAACAUUCCCUGUAAACUCUCGCGCGCCGGAGUGCUCCUCCUCGGACAAUGCGAGCACUGAGGUCUACAGGAUCCUCCGAGAACGGACAAGCCAUUUUUCGAGAGAGCUCAUUGGUCAGUGGGCGGGGUUUUUAUGCUCGGUGAGUUCAAUCUGGAACUUAACCUGCCCCGGAGCAGGUUAGCCGUUCAGCGUAUGUUGCUAUGGAGACUCGCCUCGCUAAGAAGUGAACCCGCGUCGUAGAACAGGAAACCCCGAACUUAUCCUCGAAGUUACCUCGCUAAGCAGUAAUCCUGCUUCGUAAAACAGGCCCCUGGUUUAAACGAGCCUGACUUAAUCUAACUUGGUUUAAACUAACCUGGUUUAAACAAACCUGGUUUAAACUAGCCAGACUCAGAUAAACCUGGUUUAAACUAAUCUGGUUUAAACUAGCCUGACUCAUACUAACCUGGUUUAAAGUAGCCUGACUUAAUCUAACCUGGUUUAAACUAGCCUGACUCAGACCCACCCAUUUAAACUAGCCUGACCUAGUCUAACCAGGUUUAAACUAGCCUGACUUAUACUUACCUGGUUUAAACUAGCCUGAUUUUAAAUAACCUGGUUUAUACUAACCCUGAUUUAUACUAACCUGGUUUAAACUAGCCUGACUUAAUCUAACCUGAUUUAAACUAGCCUGACUCAGACCCACCCGUUUAAACUAGCCUGACCUAAUCUAAACAGGUUUAAACUAGCCUGACUUAUACUAACCUGGUUUAAACUAGCCUGAUUUUAACUAACCCGGUUUAAACUAACCUGGUUUAAACUAGCCUGAAUCAGACUAGCCUGGUUUAAACUAGCCUGACUGUGACUCACCUGGUUUAAACUAGCCUGGCCUAAACUAACCUGGAUUAAACUAGCCUGACUUAAACUCACCUGAUUAAAACUAGCCUGACUCAGACCUACUUGGUUUAAACUAGCCUGACUUAAUCUAACCUGGUUUAUACUAGCCUGACUCAUACUUACCUGGUUUAAACUAGCCUGAUUUUAAUUAAAAUGGUUUUAACCAGCCUGACCUAAACUAACCUGGUUUAAACUAGCCUGACUUAAACUAAUUUGGUUUAAACUAGCCUGACUCAUACUCACCUGACUCAUACUCACCUGGUUUAAGCUAGCCUGACUUAAACUAGCCUGACUUAAACUAACCUGGUUUAAACUAGCCUUACGUGAACUGUCGUUUUGUUUUUGUUGUCGCUGGUCGGAGUAAACCGUCCUGACUGGAGCAUCAAAAACAUAAACAUUUGAUCCCGUUUUAACUUUCAGGUUUUGCGUCCCUUCACCAUAGCUCCACCCACCCCCCACCUGUAACUACACGUUCAUCACCUUCAUCUUCAUUCUCAUCAUCAGACAGCGAGGACCCACCCAUCCCAAACACAUCGUCUGGCUUGAACCGAUCAGAGCAGAAGAGGAGCAGAGGAGGGGAGGAUCACAGUGGGAGAGGAAGAAAGAGGAGGAGGAACAACGGUGGAGGGAGAGAACGCCAAAUUUUUCCUGGAGACAAGGAAGAGGAAGAGGAAGAAGAGAAGGAUACUGGAAGAUUUGUGGGGCGGAUGGCGGUCUCUUUUAAAAGAGUAGGAGGAGGAGGGGAGCUGCCCCUCACUCUGCACAACUUUAACCACCGAAAACGCAAAAGAGACGACAGCAGAGCCAGCCAUUCAGAGAUGGCCCUGAGCAUGGUCAGGCGGAAUGGUUACAGAGUGCUGCACAGGUGAGAGAGGGCGAGCGACAGACUGUGAGAGAGAGAGAGAGAGAGAGAGAGAGAGAGAGAGAGAGAGAGAGAGAGAGAGAGAGAGAGAGAGAGAGAGAGAAGAACCAAUCAGAAACUAACAAAUCAAUAAUAACAAUCAUCUGUCUGCUCUCCUCCCUCAGAUCAUCCUCACCUUCUUCCCAGCAUGCCUUGCACCUACUGCAACCCGCCAAGAGUGGUUACACCAGCAGCCAAUCAGAAGCACUCAACAUCUCUUCGGGCCAAUGGUGUUUCUCAGACCUCUCCUCCCCCCUCUCCCCCUCAGCCAAUCACAGCGUCCUCCAUCUCUGUCUAAGCUCCUCCCCCUCCUUCAGUCUCACGCCUUUACUGCGUCUAUCAGUGGUUGCCGUGGAGACCAUGUCAGACCGUGUUAGGGGAGGAGUUUGUGUUCGUCCCCUGCGGUCUCUGGAGGAUUGGACGGCCCCCCCCAGUCUAACUGUUGACCACAGGUGGGCGGGCCUUAUGUGUUUGUUUACAGAGGAUGUCAGACUUUAACCUUUGAACUUUUAACUGUGUUCCUCCUUCAGCUCUUUGAACCUUUACCUGAACACUCACCUGGAAAUUCACUCACCUGUUUGUCUCUCCUUACAGCUAUGUGCGCACGUCAUCACCAAGGUAACGAUCUUCAACAACAGCAAACACUUUUCAAUCAGACUCACCUCUGAUAGACUCACCUGUGUCACACUCACCUGUGUCACGCUCACCUGUGUCGAACUCACCUGUGUUAGACUAACCUGUAUCAGACUCAGACUCACCUGUGUCAGAAUCACCUGUGCCAUCUCACCUGUGUUAUGGGCCUUACACACCAGGCGCGAAUUCGUCAGGCGAAUUAUUCGCCUUUUUUUAAAACAUCAUAAAGUCAAUGGAAGCUUCCACACUGGCGACGAUUUUCACGGGGACGAAAAGCCGCUUUUAUUUUUUCGCUCUUGUGUCGAAUUUUUCGGAUAUUCGCAGGCGAAUAUCUGGACCUGCUAGACCUCUGGCCAAUCAAAAGUCAUGUUGUUGAUGACGUCACAGACCCAUAUGGCUAGAGGAGAGGGAUAAGUUUGAGAUUGUGAAAACGCAGAGAAAGACAGCUGAGGUGCAUCCAAAACGCUUUCUAAUUACUAAAGAAGUAGUUUUUUCACAAGAUGACACUCUCUUGUCUUCCUUAGGAGACAGAUGUCAUGCACACUUCACAGGAUGACCGCCUCAUCAUGCCUGAUUCUCCCUCUUAGCUGUUUGACAUACCGAUGAUCUGCAGCUACAGGGCCAACAGAAUGACCAGACAAAUUGAAGGAUCUCUGCUCAGCCCUCGCCUCUCCUGGCUGCUGCGGCGUCUCUCACAGCUUUUCCUCCUCUUUCUCCCUCGCUCAUAAUGCUAGACAUGUCAAUCAGCAGCCGUUCACACGACACACACCACCACUGGCACCAAGAGCAACGAUGGGAGAGAGGCUGGUAAUUGCGGUACAGGACCACCCCGCAUGUAUACGCAUAUUCGCUUCGCGCCCGGUGUGUAUAGGUGAAAGCGAUUUUUCGGACCGGCGAAUAUUUUUGCAUUUUCGUCUCGCUUUUUCGCUUCGCUCCGCAAAUUCGCCGGUGUGUAAGGACCUUUAGACUUACCUGUAUCAGACUCAGACUCACCUGUAUCAGACUCAGACUCACCUGUGUCACACUCACCUGUGUCACACUCACCUGUGUUAGACUCACCUGUAUCACACUCACCUGUGUCAGACUCACCUGUAUCAGACUUAAACUCACCUGUAUCAGACUCAGACUCACCUAGCCUGGCCUGGCCAUCCUGUUGCGUGAAUCACUUGCCGUUCCUUCCCACAACAGUCUGGACUUCGGCCCAUUGGGAGCGUGUAUUCCCGAUCAGAAAAUAACCGGGCCAAUCAGAGACCGUGUUUCCACUGUUACCCGUACAACAGGGAAAGGCAGCCCCUGAUUGGUCCAUGUGUAAAUGGUGACGUCCAACACAUGCUGCGGGACUUUUCAAAGCCCUGUUCAUUCAGAAUGCCGUUAAUUCUGCAGUUGACUUUGCAAUGUCGGCAGAAAUCGUUUAUAUCUGACGUCUUCUUCGGAUAUAAACAUUUCUACCGACUUUGCAGAGUCAAUAGUGUUCUGAAUGAUCGGGGCUUUAAAAAGUCCCGCAGCAUGUGUUAGGCAUCUCCAUCUACACAUGGACCAAUCAGGGGCUGCCUUUCCCUGUUGUCCGUGUAAUAGUGGAAACGCGGUCUCUGAUUGGCCCGGUUAUUUUCUGAUCGGGAAUACACGCUCCCAGUGGGCCGAAGUCCAGACUGUUGUGGGAGGAACUGCAAGUGAUUCACGCAACAGGAUGGCCCAGCCAGGCUAAGACUCACCUUUAUCAGACUCAGACUCACCUGUGUCAGAUUUACCUGUGUCAGACUCACCUGUAUCAGACUCAGACUCACCUGUGUCAGAUUCACCUGUAUCAGACUCACAAGUUUUAGACUCACCUGUGUCAGACAAUCCUUUAUUACACUCCCAGUUUAAAGUCAAAAUCAGCUGAUUUUCUGUGUUUCCUCUUCCUCACCAUUCGCACACAGAUCCUUUUUUCUGAAAACCAUUUGAUCUCUGUGUUUGACUUUCUGUCCUCACAGAUAUUUUAUUUUGAAGGUGCAGUCUGUUUGUUUGCUCUGACCAAUCAGAGCAGAGCUCUGUUUCAUUAAAAACCCUGACUGUCAUUCACACCAAGAACAAUGAGAAUCAGUGACUUCAUCGACGCUCAAAUCUUCUGUAUUUACUCAGUUCUCUGGAAAAACUUCAUUUGUGGGUUAGUAUUGUGUCUGCGGAGCGUCCAAUCACAGGUGUGGUUACAGAGAGAGGCGGGGCUCCUGCAGGUCAGGUCCGUCUAUUUCCACAGUGACCAUAUUAGAGGUUGAUCUGUGGACCUCCUGAUUCUGUCCUCCAGCUGAGAUCUUCUUUAGUCCCGUCUCAGAGUCACAGACCGGCUCAGAUGGUCUCAGACUGUCUCCAUCGUUAAUCUCCGCAGGUCGGUUGUUGACAUACGUCACCUGAGUGUCUCAAUGCUGAUUGGUUAUCACGGCACAAACAUUCGCUUGAGCUCAGCUAUUUUUAGCUCUUGUGUUUGAAGCGAGUCGUGUGUCGGACACAACGCGAAUUGCGUCAUCUGCGCUGACAGUCUGCUCAAUUCGCACUAUUCGCACUAUGCAAUUCGGAAGUAGUACUUAAGUCUGAUCAUGUUUUUGCAUCGACUUUACUCGUAAUUCGCUCACAGUAAUGAUUUUACUCGUGCUUGGCAUGAACACAAGGUCAUUGUUCUUCUAUAGAGGUUAUUAUAGCGGACUGAUUUCUGUGUGUGUGUGCGUGUGUUCAGCCCUGUUUUUCCCGCCCGGCGACUGCAGAGACAACGAGCCAAUCACAGCACCCGUAGCAUCCAUCUGCCUCGGCGACGGGCCUUGCCCCUCCCCCCAAGUUCUGCCCCACUCCCCAUCAGCCAAUCAGCAACAGACUGUGAAUUUCUGAACACCAAUGGAGAGGUGGAGUCACAGAACUAUUCUGUUAAAAAAAAUAACGACAACUUUUUUUGUCUUUCUAUGAUUUUUCACUUUCAUCACUUACUUUGUUUCAUAAUUUACAUCAGCGUGGGAAACGUGUCUCACAGAUCAGAAUCCGCAGAGCGUCGCCACGGGAAAUGCCACUCACUCCAAUGGGCCUGCCAAAGGUCAAAAGGUCAGUGUUGGAAAUGUACAUUGAAGAAUAAAAAAACAGUUAAAAAAAUCAAUAAAAAAUAAAAAACUGUAUUUCAGGUUAAAGAAGAAAGAGUUCAGCCUGGAGGAGAUUUACACCAACAAGAACUACAAAUCCCCGACCACCAACAGGUAAAAGAACUACAAAUCCCAACUCAAAGCUCCAUGAUUAACCAGAACUCAAACCAUACCAACAAACUCCCUGCAGAAGUUUAGAGACCAUCUUUGAAGAGCCACGCGACAAGGAUGGGGCGCCGUUUGUGAUUGGCCAGCAGAAAAGGCGGAGACUCCUCCUCUUUCCUGACUUCACUCAGCCGAGGAAGAGGAAGAAGCCUGCAGGUUUCUCCACAAUAAACACAAUAAACUACACAUAAAACGACACAAAAUAUGACUAACUUGCACAAUAAACUACACACCAAAUUACACAAAAUAUGACACCAAACUACACAAAAAUUGACACCGAACUACACACCAAACUACACAAAAUAUGACUAAACUGCCCAAUAAACUACACACAAAAUAACACAAAAAAUGACACCAAACUAUACACUAAACACUAAACUAGACUACACCUUAAACUACUACAAAAAUACACAACUAAAAAAUAAGCUACACACCAAAAUUCACAAAUAAAUGAACUUACUGAACUGUACACCAAACUACAUACUAAACUACCAAAAACUACUCAAUUAACUAUGUUAUAAAUGACACUCUCAGCUUCAAUAACAAAAAAAUGUACACACUUGCAUUUAAACUACAUACCUAAACUGCUGAAAACUUUGCCAUAUAUUAAACUACUGAUUAAACUACAAACAGUAAAACACACAGAAUAUCAAACCCUGAAUGAACAAAGGAGACACUAAAUUACAAAUUAAACUACUCCAAACUUUACACCCAUUUAUAAGAUCAAGUACCUUCAGAUACACAAAUCUCACUACACACCAAACUACAAAAUGUUGUGGACAUUUUUUUGCUUGUAGUUGUAGUUUGAUCUGUAGUUUGAAGCUCAGACAGUUUAAAACUGUAUAUUUUUGUAUUUUUUUACUGUAGUUUAGAGAUCAGAGUUUAAAACUGUAUAUUUUUGAAGUUUGUUCUGUUGUUUAGAGCUCAGAGUUUAAAACUGUAUAUUUUUGUAGUUUGUUCUCGUAGUUUAAAGCUCAGAGCCUUUGUUGUUGUAGUAGUAGUUUGAUCUGUAGUUUAGAGCUCAGAGGUGUUAGUUGUUGUAGUUUUAAUUGUAGUUUAGAGCUCAGACAGGGUUUAAAACUGUAUGUUUUUGUAGUUUUUUUCUGUUUAGAGCUCAGAGGUGUUUGUUGUAGUUUUAUUUGUAGUGUAGAUUUCAGACAGAGUUUAAAACUGUAUAUGUUUGUAGUUUUUUUCUGUAGUUUAGAGCUCAGAGCUGUUUGUUGUAGUUUGUUCUUGUAGUUUAGAGUUCAGAGUUUAAAACUGUUGAUUUUUGUAGUUUGUUUCUGUAAUUCAGACCUCAGUGGUGUUUGUUAUUGUUUGUUUUUUAAUCAUCGCCUUCAAUCACAAUCUUCACUCUGACCUCAGGUUACCUGUCUUUGUUAGGGGUGGGACUUCCUGUUGCAACCAUGCCCAGGAAGCGGGCAGCUGCUCGCCGUCACUGUCAUGGCAGCCCUGCUGAUGAGUCGGACCUGGACGUGAUGCUGGUGGAGCGACUGAGCGCACUGGAAGACUUCCUGGCGAGGCAGGGCCUGGAUGUGUGAGCUUUGACAUCACCUCCUGUACCAUUAACCAAGGCCAAAUAAACAGAGCUGCUAUCAUGCCCGCUACUGCUGUGUUACCAUAGUAACGCCCUCAGCACACGGCGUAGCAGGCUCUUCCACUUUGUGUUUUUUGUAGUUUACUUUGCAGUGUACCUGAUGUUUGAUUUUUUUCAGUGUAGGCUGUUUAAAAUUGUGACUCCCAAAUAUUUAAGAUUUUAACCCUUUUGUGUUUUUUUAGUGCGGGUGACGCUCUGAGAUCAGGUGACCCGGACAGGCCACACCCCCUGCAGGGCACAGCUGACUUUAUUUGACAUGUUUUGUGAAGUACUGUGUAGUACUACCUGAGUACUGUUCAGUACUACUUGAAUACUACACAGUAAUACCUGAGUACUUUGUAGCAGUAGCAGCUGGUCAGGAGAGAGCAACAUCCCCCUCCCCCCCCCAGGAGAGCAGCAGGCAGCAGUUACUGAAGCAGGAAGAAGCAAGGCGACUCAGAGCACCGAUCAUGGUGCCCAAACUGCACCGAAGGAAACUGAGACGUGAAGAGCUGAGACAAAUCCUGAAACACCACUCAGGAGAGGACCUGAGUGAAGACUGUGAUAGCUGUGGACUCUGUUUGAGGUCUUUGCAAGAGUCUAGAAGUUGGACUUUGGUGUCCGUCCGAUGACAGAGAACUCGGCCUGCGAUCAUUUUUGAAAGACUGGUUUCCGAAAAAGUCUCGGCUAAUAUCAGGAUCAGAUUUGACUCACCUCAGAGAAAAAACUCUGAGCACAUGAAGACGAAGUCCAUCGCUGUAAAUUACUUCUGCCCUUCCUCUGUCAUGCGCUUGUUUUAGCGCCCCCUGGGGGAGAGUGAACCAGCUGCCACUGCUGCAGAGUAGAGUGUGAGAACUGCAGGGCUGAAGUAUGUGGAGUUUUUAAAGUGUAAUAUAUAUUUCUGCUGAUAUUGUGUCUAUUUUUGGAGCAAAUAAAGUUUGUUUCUCUUCAC